GUGCGAAUAAAAUUAUCUUGGAUAUUCUCCCUUUCAUUCAUUUCAAUUUUACUUUUUUCACAAAUAUGUGUAUUUUUUAAACAAAAAUCCAAAUGUGCUGCAAAAUAUUUUGGGAGAAACUACGAUGAGAUAUAUGUAAUAAGGGGAUGUUGUUAUUGUUUCCCUUAUACACAGUAACAUGAGCCAGAGUAUUUUAUUAAAAUACGGUAGUCUUCAACCUUUAAAAUAAAUCUCUAUGGAGUGUUUAUCUUAUCAACAGAAGGUUAUUCUAAAGUUUAAGUUUGUUAUCUAAAUAUGCGCUUCAGUGUUUGAAAUAUGCACGUAAGGCCGUACGAUUCUAAUCUCUAGCAGGAAGUAGCAUGUCUCUUAACAGCAGUCUGAAGGUGUAGACAUGGGCCAAAUUUCGUUUUGUUGUUUUGUGUAUAUUGUUUUGUUCUUAGGAUGUGUAAAUAGGUUAUCAUGCGAAACGAUACAACUAUGGAGAAAUCCGGAUGGCUCUCCUGGGGGAACUUUACACUAUAAAAUAAAUGAUCGUUUAGAUUCCUGUAUAAAAACAAAUAUUCUACAAACGAUUGAAGAUUUCAAUAAACUGUUGAACCCUGGCAGCUCGAGAUGCAUACAGUUUAAAAAUACGGAUGGAUUAAGAGAAUUUCCAUACGUCAAUUUCAAUUUUGCUGGAAGUUGUGACGCAAACAUUGCCAAUCCUGGAAUAGGUUCAAGCACGCGAUAUAUAAACGUUCCAGUCAACGAUGCUUGUAUUGAUCGGAGGAAAUUAGUAUACAGCUUAGCAAGAAUCCUGGGAUUACCAGACGAACAUACUCGACCAGACAGGGACAAGUUUCUGACAAUACACUGGGAUAAUUUACAGAAAUCUUACCGACAUGGUCUUUACAACAUAUCAUCCUAUGACUUUUGGCACACUAUCCGUCAUAUGCCGUACGAUUAUACCUCUGUUACACACGUUGGGCCAUUCGAACACGCACUGGAUAUCAGAAAGCCAUCAGUAUCGUCUAAAUACCCAGGGGUGUAUUUCGGUGACCAUUACAAUCUCAGUAUAAUAGAUGUUCGUAAACUAAGAGCUCUCUAUGACUGCCCACCAGAUACUGGCAAUCAAAGAUUCGAGGUGUACCGCCCAGUCCAUUGUACGUUCGAUCUUCCUCUGUGUGGCUUGGUCAAUGACUGGACAUCACCUGGUGCCAAGUUGACAGAGAGAAAAGGACCGGUGUCUGACAGAGGCCCAAAGACGGACCACUCUAACGGGGAUGGAAAAUACAUGUAUCUGAACGGUUCGGACACACUCCGUACAGCUUCCCUGGUCAGUGUCCGUGAGAUAUCCCCGGGCCCCGUGUGUGUGUCCCUGUACUACUACAUGGAACACAACACUACUACCCUGACCAUUUCCCAGAAAGAUUCAACCAGUGGUCAAACUACCACGAUCAAAGAAAUCGUCGGCAGCGAAGAGACAUCGUGGUCGGAGGCAAUGUUUAACACGAAGGCUACAACUGCCUGGCGGAUUUUGAUCCAAGCAAGCACCGAGCAAGGAAAAGUCGCUAUUGAUGAUGUCACAGUCCAGUAUGGCAACUGUCCAGUGUAUAAUAAAUGCAGGGGGCAAUAAUGCAUUUCUAAUAUAAUUAUCACUUUAGUAAGUUCACUUCUAUGUUUGAUUAUGUUGUAUAAUAAAUUAUUUUCUUUGUCAAUGUUUGUACUAAAAAUUAAAUUGUUGACCAUAAAGAUUGUGUAUUUCUUUUGAAUAAAGAAAUACAGUUGUACUGGGGUUUCAUAUAUGUAUAGUAGUCCCAUCUUUUUUGCCAUUCCUUAGUCGUUUUUUAUUGUGUAUGUACAAUUUUUAUAUUCAUGAUACUGUCUCUUUUUGGUUGUUUUAUUUUUCAUUGUGACAUGUGUAACGUACAGUUUGAUAGCGGACGCUACAUUUACAUUGGCAUUUGUAAUAAAAUGCUCUU